GGAGAAAUAUUCCAAACGAUGAGUCCCUGACUCCAGCUGGGCAGCUGGACUUGUGAAGAAGGAAGGGACAGCUUUAGGUCCGUGCUGUUUUUCGUGGGCUUUCUUGCCCUGCACCUUUUUUCCUUCGCCACAUUAUGCCUCCUCCUCCCUUGUCUAAGUCUUCCCCUUUCUUUAAGGCUCAACUCAAAUCCUGCCACCUUCCUCAAAUCUUUUUUUGAUGACCCAUUUUAUUGAUCAUGCCCUCAUUAUAAUCCUUGUGAUAAUACUGGUCACUUGACACUUGGCCUUUUUACCUUCACUGUUCUAUAUUUUAUUAGACAUAAGUCCUGGUCUUCAAACUAAAUAGUUUCAGGAGGCAAUGAAGGAUGAAGCUCUACAGAUAAUUGCUGCCCAGUCAACCUUUACCACAGAUGAAAAGGAAGUCCAUGAAGACACCACCAACUGAAAUAAUGCUGUUUGAUUCCCCAGAGUGAAUUCUCAUUGAGAAGUGAUCUCUGACCAGUGAUCUUUGAUGUCAUUAUUACAAAAAGAUUAUCAUUAAGAAACUUACAGGUACCCCGAAAUGACUGAGAUUGAACAGGCAGAGGCCCAACUCUCUGAGUUAGACCUGCUGGCCAGUAUGUUCCCCGGUGAGAACGAGCUCAUUGUGAAUGACCAGCUGGCUUUGGCAGAACUGAAAGAGUGUGUUGAAAAGAGGACCAUGGAAGGACGAUCUUCAAAAGUUUACUUUACAAUCAGUAUGAACCUGGACGUAUCUGAGGAAGCAAUGGUGAUGUUUUCUCUGGCCUGUAUUCUUCCUUUUAAAUACCCUGCAGUUCUGCCUGAAAUUACUGUCAGGUCAGAAUUAUUAAGUAGAUCCGAGCAGGCUCAGCUGAACACGGAUCUGACCGCAUACCUACAAAAGAACUGUCUCGGAGAUGUCUGUAUACUGAAUGCCACAGAGUGGGUUCGAGAACAUGCUUCUGGCUACAUCAGCAAAGACGUCACCCCGUCCCCUGCUCCGGGAAGUACAGUCCAGCCGGGCGACCGCGUUCUCACAAGGCUCUGGAUCUACAGCCAUCACAUCUACAACAAAUACAAAAGAAAGAAUAUUCUCGAGUGGGCAAAGGAGCUUUCCCUCUCUGGGUUUAGCAUGCCUGGGAAACCUGGUGUUGUUUGUGUGGAAGGCCCACAGAGUGCCUGUGAAGAAUUCUGGUCAAGGCUCAGAAAAUUAAACUGGAAGAGAAUUUUAAUUCGCCAUCGAGAAGACAUUCCUUUUGAUGGUACGAGUAAGGACAUGGAGAGACAAAGAAAAUUUUCAGUCUUUGAAGAAAAAGUAUUCAGUGUUAAUGGAGCCAGAGGAAACCACAUGGACUUUGGUCAGCUGUAUCAGUUUUUGAAUGCCAAUGGAUGUGGGAAUGUUUUCCAGAUGUUGUUUGGUGUGGAAGGACAGUGAGCAGGGGAGUGGCUGAAAGCGUUUGGCCACUGUUGGUCUUUUGACUUUUUCCUCUCUUUUGCUUGAAAGAUUAAUUUGACUUUAGUCCCCCUCUAGAAUGUUAGGGAGGAAAAAGAGGAAAAGCAAUGUAGCAGAAAUGCAUCUGUUAAAAAUAUGUGAUGAUUAGAACUGAGUUUUAAUUUAUAAUCUUAAAAUUGUUGGUAGACAUUUCUUGACUUACAAGCUACCUGUUUUUAAAGAGAAGUUAAUUAUAUUAUAACGUAGGUGGUCCAUCUUGCCACCCAUCCCCGACCCCUUCCCCCUGUAUCUGUGUCCACUAAAGAACCUGGAAAAGCUAAAGGCUCACUGUCUCAGGCUCUCUGGCAGCUAGGGUGGCGGGGGGACACAGCUUUGAGCAUGGAACCUCUGGAAAAAAUUUUGCUUCCCUGAUUAAAAUGAUAGAUGCAACUAGAGCACCUCUUCCCUCUCUUCUGUCACAAACACCAAAAUGAUCACUGGAGCUGCAAUAGUCCUUGCAGCCACGAAGGAAGGAGGGGUCAAGAGAGCCACAAAGAUGCCAGUCCUCAAGCAUUUGAACCGCUGAUCCAACACUAGCCCCUGCCUAUCUCUAGACAGCUUAUUAGGAAAUAAAACCAGUUUUAUUUGUAUUUCUGUGCCUGUUACUAGCAGCUGAAAGUGAGUUCGCCAAUUAGAUUUUUUUCAGAGCAUUAGUUUUGCAGGCCAUUUGGUACAAAAACAGGUGAGAUUUUUCUUAAACAGAGUUUGCAGUUCAUCUGUAUUUUUGUACACUCACACUGUGCCCCUGCUUCUUGCCUUACCUCAGGGAAGGCUUUGAAGACUUUUUAAUAGGUCUCAAGCGUGCAUGGAAUUGGUAAUUUAGAGCAUUCGUUUUUGGCAAAUUGGAUUUUGACAAAUUUUUUUCAUCAUGCAAGUGGCUUUCUGUAAAUCUACUUUCAGCAAAUUGACCCACUCAGAUAAACACACAACCUGGUUUUUGAGAUCCUGCAUAAACCA